UUGACAACAACUGACUGGAGCUGAAUUCGAUUACGUUACGUAAAUCCAGAAGAUACAGAAUGAAGCACUCGGUUGCAGGCGGAGCUGCCGCUAUUCUUGAGAAGUCCAGAAGUCGUAUGAGAGGUCAGCACUUUACAUUAGAUGGUAGAGGGACCUCCAAGAAAACUGAACCAAAACAGCCAAGCAAGAACACCGAAGAUGAUGACAUUGCUGCCUAUUUAUCCCAGCUUUCAAAGAAGACAUCUGGGAAAAAGAAGAACAUGGAUGACAUCGGUUCUGGAAUGAGUGACUUGAGUCUUUCUGAUGAAGCAAAGAACUCCAGUUCAAUGAAGUUUAUGAAAAAAUCAAGCACUGCAAGUGCAGUACUACCUGGCUCUUCCCGAAGUGCACAGAGCAUUCAACAGUCGGCAAGACCGAUGUCAGGGAAGAAGUCUACGAGCUUCACAUCCAGUGCCCUUCAGCGAGCCUCAAAAUACAAUGCAAAGAUAGCUUCCAGGAAGAUAAUAGUAGACAGUGAUUCGUCUGACGAUAGGUCUCGCGACCAGUACCAAGAACUUGAUGUCACUGUAGAUACUUCCAGCCCUCCUGCGCCUGCUGAGAAUAGAGACAAGUACCGAUUCAUGAAAAAGCCAUCGGGUAAAGUGGAGCCAGUAGUCGAUGGGGAAUCUAAGCAAGAGAAUCCGUCUUCCUUUGCCACCCAACUUGAAAAUUACCCUCGCAUGGCUUCUAAAUCUAAUGCGACAGAGUCUAAGAUGAAGGCAAAGCUAUCAACCAAAGCCAAAUCAGAAAGUGCCACAAUGCCUCUGACAUCUACUCCUAUUAGAAACACACAACAGAGCAGCAGUAGACGGAACGUGUACAACAAAAUAAUGGCAGAGCUUGAUACAGAUGAAGAGAGUAUUGACUAUUUGAUAGGAGACACCGCGGAAUACUCCUCUUUUGUGAAGGAUGUGCAGAAAGCCGAUACAGUUUCAGAUCAAGUAUCAGAGAAUCGAGCAUCCCCUCGAAGGCUCUCAGAUACGGGUUAUCUCGCAGAAAAUCUGGAACAUAUAUCCGUGGUUGAAUCCGUGGUUGAAUCUAGUGUUCAGUCAUCGAUAGGAGAGGAUGUAGGGCUGACAUUUUUUGGUCUACAGACCAUCGAUGACUUGCUACCUCCAAACCAUCGACGAUUUGCUGCCACCAAGCACCUCACAAACUCCGGACUAUUCUUCUCGUCAUGA